UUUUUAGUUCUCGGAACCUUAAAAAAAUUUUUUCUUUUGAAAUUUUUAAACGAAAUUUUUAUAUUUCUACAUAAUUUAAUGAAUUCUGAAGGCUCCUCUACAACAACUUUAGCAAUAUCUUGUGUUAAAUGUACUGAAGGAGAUGGAAGUUUUUUUCGUUUGGAGAAUACAAAAUUGGCUGGAUAUUGUAUUAAAUGCUUUCCUAAAGUUAUUCAACACAAAUUUGCUUCUUCUUUGGGAAGAAAUCGGGUUUUUAAGACUCCAGAACAGAGAAAUGCUCUUUUAAUAUUCACAACAAACAAGCAACUAGAAUCCCUUCAAUUACUCAACUUAACAUUUAAAGCAAUAUCAGGGCCAGAAGAUCAUCGAAUAUUGAAGCUUAAUGCUAAAGUUUUGGUUCUUUUUGAGGAUUUAAUUGACUCUGUGGAAUUAAAUAAACGAAUAAAUUUAUUAAAAAUAUUUUUAAUUAAACAAAAAUUUUAUUCUCAAUGGAAUUGGCGUUUUGGACAUUUGGCUGCUAUUUUUAAUAAAUUUGAGGAUUUUCCAAAAGAAUUUGAAAGAAAUGAGGGAAUUGAUGGAGAAGAAAAUGUUUGGUUAGAAAAAUUCUCCAAUUUAAUUUCCAAUUGUCGCUCACCCAGUGUUCGUAUUGAAUUACUUCGCCUUAUUCGUACAAAAUUGUUGUCAAAUUACGCUGCUUAUUUUAACUUUCCCUCUGUGCUUUUGAGUGAAAAUGCUGAUCAAUUAGCUACGGAAACAAUAAAUAGUCUUUGCUUUGGAAGAGGUUCUUCAAUAUUUGAUAUUUCUUCUGUUAUUGACGAUCGUCUUUCAACAAAUUCUCUUCCUUUUGUCAAUCAUUCUAUUCAAUUUAUACGCCCACUUCGUGACAUUUCUUAUAAAGAAUUGGAAGCACUUGACAGGAUAGAAAGCUGUGAAAAUAUUAAAGAAAAUGGGAUUAAUACAAAAAUUAAUGGCAUUUUAAGAGGUAAGAAUAAAAUUAUCUUUGCGGACAUCCGCAAAUAUUUGCUGACGUCCGCAAUUUUUUAA